CGCGGAUACGUCCCGAUGGGCACCUCUUUUUGGUGUCACAUCUGUGUGUCCUCGUAGCCCGUUUCGAGACGCUAACGAGAUCGGUUGUCACAUCCCUAUCCUCGAGAAUGGAUCGCGGAUUAAUCGCGUCACUUAUCCGGCACGGAUCCACGCCGUAGAAACAAUACCUAAUCAGAUUAAAAAACGCGUCCUUCAAAUGGAGCGUGUUCUGAAAGCUGUACCGGCGGAUUUAAGAGUAAAAAUGGAGGCUCUUGUGCACGAUUUGACUUUGGCACUGGAAGAGAGCAGCAACAGUGCGAAUCUCAGACGUAGAUGGGGUAUCAGAAGGAGAGCCCGCUCGACAGGGAAUAUUCGUAAGUGUAAGAGAGAACAAUUCGAUGUAACAGGUCUGUUUUUUCAGAUGAACUUCAUGACUGUGGUCCGAUUCACUUUCACAACGCUCAAUCAAGAUUUUCACUCGCAGCAUCAUUUGUCCUUAGCGGCGUUAAGUAUGAACAAACAUUCGGAUGACAGCUCAUCUUCCAUUUGUGAAAUUCGCAUUCCAAAAACUGCCAAUGUUUCGAAAUAUCAGUCGGAUAGUGACGAUCCUAAUCAGACCAAACGUUUCGCACAUUUUCCAAAUUUAAAUAACAUCAGUAAUAUCGAGAGCGACUCGGUAAAUGAAAAUUUUGUGCCAAGAGCGAACACCAGACGCAAAAGGAAGUUUAAAAGAAUGGCAAUUGAUUCCGAUUCUAACGCGUCCACUUCUCAAGCAGUGGCAAUUAUGUCGACUUCAACAUUCAGUGGAAAAAAACGUAUCUUUCGAAGUGAUUGUAAAAAUAGAUAUAGUGCUAUAUGGUGCGGAAAACGUAAGAGAUCGUGCAGGGAACGUUCGAUAGAUUGUGAAAUGAGAGUAGCUAAACCAACCAAAAAUGCAAAAUCGAAAAAUCGAGAUAAAAUGCAAGGCGAGGAUACAGUGGAUUGUUCCCGCUUAUCUAGUUCCAGCAUUUCGUCCAGUGAUUCAGAAGCAGGUCUUAUUACAAACGAUGAAGAUAGAGAAGGAGACGAUGAACAGUCUGAUUGGAUCGGAGAAUCGAGUUGGCGGGACGACGGAGAGAGCACUAGCGACGACAAAGCCACGUCGGAUUCAACCUUCCAAAUGAUAUUACACGGCGAACAUUCGGUUGCAGAGGCCAAGAAAAAUUAUAGACAAAGAAUACAACGCAUUCGCGAAGGCCUCAGCGGUAGAGAGAUCCGUGCUGGACGACGUCACGUCGAUAACAAGCCUGGUUAUUCUAUUAUAACGUCAGCUAAUGAGAAGGUUUCUCGGUUUCUGCAAGAUCCCACGCAGAGCGAGCUGAAACUCCAUCCUAUGCGACAACCUGAACGAGAGAAGCUACGUCGACUCGCCAAUUUGUAUAGUUUAAGUAUGAAGGGCGAUCAAGGCUGUCCGAUACUGUAUAAAACGCGACAUACCACACAGGCCGUAUGCGUAGAUCAAGUAUCUUUGAAUAGAUUCUCAGACUACAAAAGAUUGCGUAAAACACCGCCAAAUUCCCCAAAUUCAGAUUCUACGAUGCAAACAGAGGAGCCACAGAUUUCCAGCACGAGUUUCAGUCCACAAAUUUUAAAUCAAGCGCAAAGUAAUAUUGGCUCUAUACAAGCAAAUGUACAAACAUUAUCUUCAUUUGAAUGGGAAAGCGAAAGUAUGGACGUUGAAGUACAAGGAAAGCCGAAAUUUCCUGAUUUUGGACAUUCCAAAUCUAGUUAAAUAUAUAUUUA